AUGGGAUCCACACAGUCCACUAUUUCUGCUUUGGAUGCAGUACUGAGUCAACGUGGAAUUAAGGUGGGGAACUGCGUCCUUAAGAAUUUUGUGAAAGAGGUCGACCGGGUAGCUCCAUGGUAUGCUUGUUCUGGCUCCCUAACCCUGACCUCCUGGAACAAACUGGGCAGAGACCUCGAUCGCAAAUAUCUCGAAGGGGACCUGAGACAGGGCACCAAGACAAUAUGGAAGUUUGUUAAGAACUGCUUAGAAGAUGAGGGCUGUAGGCUGGUGGUGACGGAGGGACAAAAUACUUUAGAGGAAGUUCAGGACAGCAUGUCAGAAUCUGAGCGAAGUGAGAGGAUGGGUACCCGCAAGAGGAGAGACGUCUCCUACAAGGAAAAGGACCCUCCCGGUGAGUCUACCGACAAGGGAGUGAAAACGGAAAAAGGACCUCCCGGUAAGUCCGCAGACGAGGGAGUGAUUUAUAACCCGAGUGAGGUUCAAAAGAAAAGGGGGGGCCCUUACCCUGUGGAGGAUUUAGAGGCCUUGAACAUAGGGGAAUCAGACUCUGACUCCCUCGACUCUAGUGAGGAAUCAGAUCUAGAGGAGGAAGCCGCUAGAUAUGAGGAGGAAAGGUAUCACCCCGAUGGGUGGAGGAGGCCCUUUAGGAAGCAGGAGAAGCGGCCGCCCCCAAUGGCUCCCGCACGAGCUGCGCCUUCAGCACCUCCACCUCCUCCCUAUGAGGGGCGCUCCAAUCCUCUUUCUUUUCUUCCUGAUAAAGUGAGGAGAAAGGUGCAAGCCGCCUUCCCAGUUUUUGAGGUGGAAGGCGGAGGGCGAAUCCAUGCCCCUGUUGAGUACAGCCAAAUCAAAGAUCUUGCCGAGGCAGUUAGAAAGUAUGGGGUAAAUGCCAAUUUCACUGUAGUAAUGUUAGAAAGAUUUGCCGGCGCCGCCAUGACACCUGCGGAUUGGCAAAUGCUGGCUAAAGCUGCCCUUCCUACAAUGGGCCAAUACAUGGAAUGGAAGGCGCUAUGGCAUGAGGCGGCACAGGCUCAAGCCAGGGCAAACGCUGUCGCGUUGACCCCUGAGCAGCGGACUUGGACUUUUGAUAUGUUAACAGGCCAGGGCCAAUUUGCCGCUGAUCAGACAGCCUUCCCAUGGGGUGCUUAUGUUCAAAUUUCUAGCACUGCCAUCAAGGCUUGGAAGACGCUCCCCAAGAAAGGGGAAGCCUCUGGGCAGCUCACAAAAAUUAUCCAGGGACCUCAAGAACCAUUUUCAGAUUUUGUAGCUCGCAUGACAGAGGCAGCAGGGCGUAUUUUUGGAGACCCUGACCAAGCUGCACCUCUUGUUGAACAACUUAUUUUUGAACAGGAUACACAAGAAUGUCGAGGCUAUAGCCCCGAGAAAAAAUAAAGGGUUACAGGAUUGGCUCAGAGCAUGCCGAGAACUUGGAGCAAGCCUGCCCGAAUUUUUCAACAAAUUCAACGCGCUUGGGGCAAGCCCAGGGUGCUAAAAACAGAUAAUGGACCGGCCUACACUUCUCAAAAGUUUAAACAGUUUUGUCAUCAAAUGAAUGUGACCCACUUGACUGGUUUGCCUUAUAAUCCUCAAGGACAAGGCAUUGUGGAGCGUGCUCACCGCACGCUCAAAUCCUACCUCAUAAAACAAAAAGGGGGACUUGAGGAGUCAUUGCCCCCAGUCCCGAGAGUCGCUGUUUCUAUGGCGCUCUUUACCCUUAACUUCCUAAAUCUUGAUGCACACGGCCAUGCGGCCGCUGAUCGUCAUUGUUCAGAUCCUGACCGACCUAAAGAACUGGAAGAAGAAAACCCCUUCUGGGUUCCAGAAAGACUUACCAGGACAAUUCUGGGACCGACACAGGAUGACAAGACCAGAGAGAUGGGAGCCCCCCCUGAUCCUGUUGAUAUUGACCCUGACCUUGUUUGCGACGGGGGAACCACGCUGGGGAAUCCUGUCGGUGUUCCCUCUACCGAUGCCAAUUCACCAUGA